UGACUGAGGUGGGGUAAGAAAAGAAGGAAUUACACCGGGAGGAAGAAGAAAAACGACAACGAAUGAAAUUGUCCUUCCAGUAAAACUUCGAUAUUUAACCGCGUAUGUGAUUGAGGUCUUCUGCCGCCAAAUCCCUGGCCCUGGUCACUGGUGUGUGUUGCCCAUUGGCUUGAAGUGUUGGAGUCGAGCGGCAGGCAGGAACAGAGAGGGCUCUGUCUGCAAUACAGAUUACUCCUGGGAGUGACGUGUAGGGGCUCUGUCCUGUGCUCUCUGGCCGGCUGCUCUCUCUCUCUCUCUACUUCUCUCGUCUCCCCUGUGCCUGGAAGUGGUCGCCAUGGGUGACAUCAGUGAUCUGGACAGACAGAUUGACCAGCUGAGGAGAUGUGAACUCAUCAAGGAGAAUGAGGUCAAAGCGCUGUGUGCCAAAGCCAGAGAAAUCCUUGUGGAGGAGAGCAAUGUACAGAGGGUAGACUCUCCCGUCACCGUGUGUGGCGACAUUCACGGACAGUUCUACGACCUGAAGGAGUUGUUCAGAGUGGGAGGCGAUGUUCCGGAGACCAACUACCUCUUCAUGGGGGACUUUGUAGACAGAGGAUUCUACAGCGUGGAGACCUUCCUACUCCUCCUGGCCCUCAAGGUGCGCUACCCCGACAGAAUCACCCUGAUCCGCGGUAACCACGAGUCGCGGCAGAUCACGCAGGUGUACGGCUUCUACGACGAGUGCCUGAGGAAAUACGGCUCCGUCACCGUCUGGAGGUACUGCACAGAGAUCUUCGACUACCUGUCGCUCUCCGCCAUCAUCGACGGCAAGAUCUUCUGUGUGCACGGCGGCCUGUCUCCCUCCAUCCAGACGUUGGACCAGAUCAGGACCAUAGACAGGAAACAGGAAGUGCCUCACGACGGGCCCAUGUGCGACCUGCUCUGGUCCGACCCCGAAGACACCACUGGUUGGGGUGUGAGUCCGCGCGGCGCCGGCUACCUGUUCGGUUCUGACGUGGUGGCCCAGUUCAACGCGGCCAACGACAUCGACAUGAUCUGCCGAGCGCAUCAGCUGGUCAUGGAGGGGUACAAGUGGCACUUCAACGAGACCGUCCUCACCGUUUGGUCCGCACCCAACUACUGCUACAGGUGUGGUAACGUGGCGGCCAUCUUGGAGCUGGACGAGCACCUCCAGAAGGAGUUCAUCAUCUUCGAGGCGGCGCCGCAGGAGACCCGGGGCAUCCCCUCCAAGAAGCCCGUGGCAGACUACUUCCUGUGACCCCCCCGCCCCGCGACCCGGAAGCUAACCCUCGCCCACACGCCACACGCCCCCCUCCUGGAGACGCCACCACAAGGCUCUCCACCAUUUUGUAUCUUUGCCCCCCCCUCUCUCUCUCUCUCUCCUCUCCUCUCCUCUCCUCCUCCCCCCACUGUCUUAAUGUUGAUUUAUUUGCCUUUUUUUUGUUUUGUUUUAUUUUUCUUUUUUCCUUCAAGUAUUCUCCUGCUCAUAUUCCUUUGGUCUCUUUUUUUAUUUCUACCAGCCCCUGAAGGAAUUAUUUUGGAAAGACUUAAACCUGCACACCCUCUGAACUCUGCAAAGUCACACACACACACACACACACAAACAAACUCUGGACUGCACACCCCCUCUGUCACACACGCACAUGCGCGCACACACACACACACACACACACACACACACACACACACACACACAACCACCCCCACCCUCCCCUGUGCGUUGCUCACUGCUGUAUGCCUCCCUCUAUGCUGUAGCCAGUUAGUUUUUUCUAAUAAAUGUGAAGAUAACAGAGGGAGGGGGAGGGAGCGAGGGACACAGAGGGAGGGGGAGGGAGCGAGGGACACAGAGGGAGAGGGGAGAGGAGUGUAGGAGGAGUGUGUGAGCUGAGCGCUGCCCAGCCGUGACGUCCCUGGAGGAACAGUGGGAGGCGGCUCAACACUCUCUUUUCUUUUCUUUUUGUUUUGUCUUUCGUUUUUAUUUUACUGCUCUGUCUCUCUUGUAUAACAGAGAUGGGGGGGGUUAGUUUAGUUUUAUCUGCUUUCUCUGCUUUGUCUGCCUACGUCCCUGGUCAGGGAGGAUGGGUCGGUCCGUGCUCUCAUUGGCCGGUCUGUGGCGGGUCUAAGCUCUGAUUGGGCCGUCUGAGAUGGGUGUAAGUAGCCAUUGGCCCAUCUCAGGUGCGUCUAACCAGUCAUUGGCCUGUUUGACAUGGGUCUGAGCCGCCAUUGGCCCAUCUAAGGUGGGCGCAAGCUCUCAUUGGUCUGCCUGAAGCGGGUCUAAGGCAGUCAUUGGCCCGUCUGGCCCAUAUGGGGUGUCUGUAGGUUCUCAUUGGCUCGUGUCAGUCCAGGGUGGUGUGUGGUCCAAUCAGCUGCUCACUGCUCACCAUAAUGUGCAUCAACGCCCACAUCAGGUCACAUCAGCCCAGAGGCCACAAGCUGACGCCUGAUCUGACUGCUGCAACACUUCAGUCUACCAAUGGAACACACGCGCACACACACACACACAGUUGCAGGCAGGCACACAUCCACACUCAUGUAAACUCAUGUGGAUAUGUAAACAGGUCUCUCUCUCUCUCUCUCUCUCUCUCUCUCUCUCUCUCUCUCUCUCUCUCUCUCUCUCUCUCUCUCUCUCUCUCUCUCUCUCUCUCUCUCUCUCUCUCUCUCUCUCUCUCUCAGCAGGCGUGAUCUGUACAUCCACAGCAGUCACACACAGCAAAAUGCAUUCUCUCUCAACCAUGCUUUCCCUCCGACUGUUCUCUCUCUCUAGGACUUGUUGAUUUUUAUUAUUAAUUAUUUGUGACAAUAAAACUGUACUUUUGUAUAAAGUUUA